UUUAUUAAUAGGCAAAUGCUAAUCAGUGCCAUAAAGACAUUGAUUAAGGACUUAAAAUUAAUGUUUUUUUGUUAAACAGUGUUAUUAGUGUACUCUCACCAUGAUUUGAUUGCACCGUGUAUUGCCAAUUAAAAUUUUGUUUCUGUUCGUGUUCAACCAAGCCUUAAGGUCAUUGGUUAGCAAGCUCUUUAUGAAAAUUAUCUCAGAAAUAUCAUUUAAGGAAUUCAUCUUUUUCACUUGUGGUCCUAUUCCACCAUUGAAAUGAGUUGAGAUGCUCAGUAUAAUGCUUUCCGGGUGUGGUACUUGUGCUGCUGUCCUUAAAGAUGUCACGAUACAAUUAUGUCAGGCAAGCUUACCAUCAGGGGGUCCUCGAGGAAGCAUUUAAGUUACAAGACUCUAUGUUGGCACCUACGGCGGUAGGUCAUUUAUGGAGUUAGCAGAUUGGGCAGAUUUGUUGAUCUUGUCUCUUUGGCAUAUGUUCCUAAAAUUCUGAUUCUGAAUAACUGUAGAAUAUUUUCAUAGAUUCCAUAUCUUGCAGCUGACUGUUGUCCUAAAUUAAUGUUGUGUUUACUCAUUCUUUGGUUUACUUGAAAUUACAGAAGUGGUCUGUUACUGAAGCAAAUGAGAGACUUUCAGAAAUUCAAGGUCUACUUGAGUUGUCAAUUCAGAAGUCUUCUUGUGAACAAGAUUCUCACAAGGAUAUGUUGUUUGUGUAUAUGAAAGGACAUGGGAAAUUGCCUCUUUCUGCAUCUGCUAUAGGGGUUCGUUCUUUCGAUUUCUUAGGCUGGGUUACCAUGUGCACUGGCCACUCUCAGUAUUGUUUAACACUGCCGCAUGAAAUAUAUGCUGUAUAUUCAGCUUUUGAUACAAGUGAAGCUGCCAUUUUUCAUGACAGAGGUGUGUGUCUCAUUAAAGGGUGAUUUCUGGAGAUUUUUCUUUUUUUUAGUGUUUAACUGUGUCAUUCCAAAGAAUCGCGGCUCUCUGAUUCUGUUAUGUAAUGGAAUUUAUUUCUAUAAAUUUUGGUGAAAGGAUUUGAUGGACGCAACCAACAAAGAUGAAAAAUUCUAGAACUACAACUGGAGCACGGGCAUUCUUAUAUAUUGUGAAGAUGAGGUACUGAAAGUGUUUUUCUAAAUGGUAUUGGAGGUUCAGGAUGGUAUGGUCUGUGGGUAGGGUUCUGAAAGAUACAACAGUUACCCAUUUUUUUCCCACUGAUUAUAAAGGGAUACUUAAUGAGCACUGUUUAAAUAUUGAAGAUGAACUUUUAUAUUGAUAAUUGUAAUUCUAAGAAUCCUUGUUCUACUUUCAAUGACAGGCACCAGAUAAACCAUUUUGUAUCUACUUUGCAGCAGUAUGUUGAGUCACAUUAUCUUCGAUGUAUCAUGGUGCAGGUUUCUUCAUUUCCCUGUGAACAUAAGGUGAAAGAUAUGAUGGAUCUUGAAUCAGUGCACAUGGAAUAUCUUGCUGAUUCAUUAUGCAUAUGUUUCCGCUCUGAUGAAACAAAGGGAGUAGUGGCCGCAUUAUUGGAGCAUUCGCAAGUGCCUGGAUUCGGUCUGGUAUUACGUUGGGGCUUGGGAUCCGAAGAUUGUUCAGGCAAACUUUCCAAAAUCAAUAUCUCCGGUCAACCAGGCUAUUUUCUAGGAUCUCUGCGUCAAUUGACUGGUACAUUUAUGCUUGGAAAAAUCAUAUUGACCGAAAAAUAAGUGUUAAGAUAGAUUGUUAUAUUUUGGUGCUACAACUGUAUCUAGUUUAAAGGGUGAGGUCCAUAGGUUGUAGCCUUUUCCCGUUGAGUGUAUUUGUUCCCACCUAU